UGUUUGGCUGCUGCCGUCACCUCAUGGCGACGCGGGUAGAGGAGGCAGCGCGGGGAAGAGGCGGCGGCGCCGAGGAGGCGAUUGAGGCCGGACGGGGCGGACGGCGACGCAGCCCGCGGCAGAAGUUUGUGAUUGGCACAAUGGAAGAAGCUGGAAUGUGCGGGCUAGGGGUGAAAGCGGAUAUGUUGUGUAAUUCUCAGUCAAAUGAUAUUCUUCAACGUCAAGACUCAAAUUGUGGUGGCACACGUAACAAGCAUUCAUUGGAAGAUGAAGGCAGUGACUUUAUAACAAAGAACAGGAGUUUGGUGAGCCCAGCAUGCUGCACACAAGAGUUAAGAGAGGAAAUUCCUGGGCGAGAAGCUCGAACAGAUCCCCCUGAUGGUCAGCAAGAUUCAGAGUGCAACAGGAACAAAGACAAAACCUUAGGAAAAGAAGUUUUAUUAUUGAUGCAAGCCCUAAAUACCCUUUCAACUCCAGAGGAGAAGCUGGCAGCUCUCUGUAAGAAGUAUGCUGAUCUUCUGGAGGAGAGCAGGAAUGUUCAGAAGCAAAUGAAGAUUCUGCAGAAGAAACAGGCCCAGAUCGUGAAGGAGAAAGUUCACUUGCAGAGUGAACACAGCAAGGCUAUCUUGGCAAGAAGCAAACUAGAGUCUCUUUGUAGGGAGCUUCAGCGUCACAAUAAGACGUUAAAGGAAGAAAAUAUGCAGCAGGCACGAGAGGAGGAAGAAAGACGUAAAGAAGCAACUGCACACUUCCAAAUUACUUUGAAUGAAAUCCAAGCACAGCUGGAACAACAUGACAUACACAACGCCAAACUCCGCCAGGAAAACAUUGAACUGGGAGAGAAGCUGAAGAAGCUCAUUGAACAGUAUGCACUGAGGGAGGAGCACAUCGAUAAAGUGUUCAAACAUAAGGAACUGCAGCAGCAGCUUGUGGACGCCAAACUGCAGCAGACGACACAGCUCAUCAAAGAAGCUGACGAGAAGCACCAACGAGAGAGAGAAUUUUUAUUAAAAGAAGCAACAGAAUCGAGGCACAAAUACGAACAAAUGAAACAGCAAGAAGUACAGCUAAAACAGCAGCUUUCUCUUUAUAUGGAUAAGUUUGAAGAAUUCCAGACUACCAUGGCAAAAAGCAAUGAACUGUUUACAACCUUCCGGCAGGAAAUGGAAAAGAUGACAAAGAAAAUUAAGAAACUGGAAAAAGAAACAAUAAUAUGGCGGACCAAAUGGGAAAACAAUAACAAGGCACUUCUGCAGAUGGCUGAGGAGAAAACUGUCCGAGAUAAAGAAUACAAGGCCUUUCAAAUAAAACUGGAACGGUUAGAGAAGCUGUGCAGGGCUCUUCAGACGGAAAGGAAUGAGCUCAACGAGAAGGUGGAGGUCCUGAAGGAGCAGGCCUCGGGGAGGGUGGCGGGGGCGGACCUAGCCCCGCCCGGGAUCCAGCCGUGCGCCGCCCUGGCCUCUCCCGGGGAGCUGAACACUGCCUCCGCCAGGGCGCUCCGAGCCCCGCUGGAGGCUGUGCUCCAGGCCGCGUCCCUGGGCACUGGGCCGGGCAUCGAGUCAGUUGACUGAGAUGAAGCGUGAGCACUGUACUGAGAGCUAUAUUUUGUGUAUAACUUUCUCUGUUAGUAGUAACUAUUGGUUUUGUGGUGAAAAUUUUCUUACUUUUUCUACCAUAUCUGUAUUUUCUUAGAACUACUGGACUUAUGUGGUACAGGAGGCUGCUUAGCAGUUCUGAAUAGUUUUACUCGAUACAAAUUCCUCAGCUGUGUUGCACAUCUGCCUCGUCCCCCUUCAUUGGAAUGCAUGUGGUCACUGCCUUGUCCUUGCUUCCCUACUCCUUGCACAGAAUUAGCCUAAUGAAAAUUUCACUCAAGAUAGGGCCGACCAUUACAAGGGAGCUUUGUUCUGAUAACGGUUCCUUAAUGUGAAAAUAAUACUCAUUUAAACGCCCUGGCCCCCCCCCAUUAUUCAAACAAAAAAAAAAUAGCAAGAUGAUUAGUUUUGUCUAAUAGUCCAUUUAAAUGCAAAGUAAAAGUAAAAUUCUAGGGUUGGGUCAGAAACAAGCAUAGCAUAUUUGAUUCAUAUUAGCUUUUUUUUUUUUUUUAAAAAUUUUGUUCCU